AUGCAGUUACUUCUGCUCGCUGUGGCCGUUCUCUUUGCGCACAGCCUCACCGGAGCCAUCCCGGCGCGGUCCAACAAGUGCGCAACUCGGUGCGACGUGAGCAGGUGUCCGAGCCCCAGCUGUCCCGGCGGCUACGUCCCAGACCGGUGCAACUGCUGCCUGGUGUGCUCACCGGGGGAGGGCGACCCCUGCGGCCGCAAAAACGACCUGCCCUGCGGGGAUGGCAUGGAGUGCAAACAGCUCAGUGCGAGGAAACGGCGAGGCUCCAAGGGGGUCUGCCAUUGUAAAACGGCACAUGAAGUGUGUGGCAGCGACGGGGAAACCUAUGGCAAUGCGUGUAAGAUGAGAGCGGCCAGCCGGAGAGCGGUGCAGAAGGGAAGGCCCGCAGUUACCCAAGUGUACAAAGGAGCCUGUUCAUCUGCAGGGGCAGGUCAUUCCCUGGUCCACCCCAACAGCCCUCGCUACAAGUUCAACUUCAUUGCAGACGUCGUGGAGAAAAUAGCACCCGCUGUCGUCCACAUUGAACUCUACUUAAGGCAUCCCCUGUUUGGGCGUCACAUCCCUCUCUCUAGUGGUUCUGGUUUCAUCGUGACUCACUCAGGUGUGAUUGUGACCAACGCUCAUGUCGUAACCACGGCUGCCACGGUAACAGGGAGGUCUCAGCUGCGUGUUCAGCUUCAUGACGGCAAUGCAUAUGAGGCCGUGGUCAGAGACAUAGACAGGAAGUCAGACAUUGCCACUAUAAAGGUCAAUCCUCAGAAGAGGCUCCCAGUGCUGUCUCUGGGGCAUUCAGCUGAUCUGAGACCAGGGGAGUUUGUGGUUGCUAUUGGCAGCCCCUUCGCCCUGCAGAACACCGUCACCACAGGGAUCGUCAGCACGGCCCAGAGAGACGGCAAGGAGCUGGGCAUCAGGGACUCUGACAUGGACUACGUCCAGACUGAUGCUAUUAUUAAUUACGGCAAUUCUGGAGGACCUCUUGUUAAUUUGGAUGGUGAGGUGAUAGGCAUCAACACUCUGAAGGUGACAGCUGGAAUCUCUUUCGCCAUCCCCUCUGACCGGAUCAGCCGCUUCCUCACAGAGUCACAGACCAAACACAGCAAAGAUAAGGUCAGGCUACAAAGAGGACUUCAUCAUCUAUCAGAGGACCUUCAGUCUGAUGCAGAGGUGUCAGGACUGAAGAAACGUUUCUUAGGCAUCAGGAUGCUCACGAUCACCAAAGAUCUAGUAGCAGAGUUGAAGCUGCAGAGUCCAGACUUUCCUGAUGUCAGCAGUGGCGUUCUGGUGCAACAAGUCAUACCAGACUCUCCUGCAGACAAGAGUGGGAUUAAGGCAGGUGAUGUUAUUGUCAAACUGAAUGGCCGACCGCUCCACACCACUGAUGAGCUCCAGGCGGCGCUGCUGGCCGAGCAGCCUCUCCUUCUUGAAAUUUACCGUGGCGAUGAUGAUUUGCUCUUCAACAUCCACCCUCAUGUCAUCAUGCACUGAGGAUAUGUGAAGAGGACACCGCAUUUCUUUUCAGUGUGCACAACUGUUGGGCUGGACUCGAUUAAUAAUUGUGACUUCCAUGAUGCCAUGGGAAAUGUACUGCAUGGCAUUACCAGCGAAACCAUGUUUUAAAAUGUGAAAUGAUACAUUUAUUACUUUUUUUUUAAGAAUAGAGCCGCAGUUGCCUUGCAAAAUAGGUUUCUGGUAAAACAGAGAAAACUGAGCUUUUGUGUUAAUGUGUACCUGACUGAUGAUGUGCAUUUUGUUGUGAUACAUUACGCCAAAUGACUUGCAACAUUUUCUAUGACAUAUGAGUGCAUUGUAUCAUAUAGAUUCUGUAUGGCAGUGUAGUAAAAUACUCAAAAUACUGCACAGGGAGGCUUUAUGCAUUGC